AUGAACAUAGGAUACGAUGUUGAUAAUGAAGUGGAAUGUGAAACAAUUGGUCAAUGCGGUGCAUGUGGCAAUGCCAAUAAUUGCCCUAUUUUUCAAGAUGAAUCUGAGACAUUUUUACAAUGCUAUGUGCUUGCCCUUUAUGC